CUUUACUGGCACUGCCAACAUCACACUCGGCUAGUUAACGAUCAGUGGUCUAGUUGUGUUUAUACUGCAGAGAAGAUUUGAAACUAUGUGAGUUUACAUCGUCACCUUUUUUAGGAAUACUCAUUCUAUCAAGCGCAGCCUGGGAUCGAACAUUAGAUUUUUUACACACUUCAAUGAUUUGUUGAAUUCAGUGUUUGUUAGGUGGGUGAUCGUGAUGAUUAGAGCGUUUGCUAAGCGCGACGUGAUUGUCAUAUUGCUGUUGAGCAACGUACUUUAGAUGAUCGAUCGGGUCAAUGUACUAAAAGUCUAAAAUACGCGUUCAUAUAAUAUAUUUAGUUGACGUCCGAUUUUGCAUUUAUGAAGGAAAUAAAUACACACGUAUUGCUCUCCAGCUAACGUUAACUGGCUAAUACACAAAGCCACGUAGGAAGCAAAUACAGACAUCAACCGAUUGUACAGGAAUUGUGAAACUUGAUAAAGUGAGCGGUAGGAUCUGUAUUGGUUUUGCAACGCUCACUGGUCUGUUCUUGUAAAAUGGAUGACUUCAGCUCCAUCAGUCUUCUAUCUCUGGCCAUGCUGGUCGGUUGUUACGUGGCUGGAACAAUUCCUCUGGCUGUCAACUUUUCCGAGGAGAAGCUGAAACUAGUAACUGUGUUAGGAGCAGGACUGUUAUGUGGCACUGCAUUAGCUGUCAUUAUUCCAGAGGGAGUUCAUGCACUGUAUGAGGAAAUGCUGGAAGAUCAGCACCAUCAUGGCCACGUGAAGGUGGAAGCAGGGGUGUCUGAUCCGAAGGUUGCAGAAGGAGUCGUAGGGGCCAGUGGUGAACAUGGCCAUGGCCAUGGCCAUGGUCACGAGCAGCUCCACGCAUAUAUUGGCGUCUCCUUGGUGCUCGGCUUUGUUUUUAUGUUGCUGGUAGAUCAGAUCGGCAGUUCACACAUGCAUAGCAGCACUGAUGAUCCAGAAGCAGCCAGGGCUGCUACCUCAAAGGUCACUACCACACUUGGUUUGGUCGUCCAUGCUGCAGCUGAUGGAGUUGCACUAGGAGCUGCUGCUUCCACCUCUCAGACCAGUGUCCAGCUCAUUGUAUUUGUGGCCAUCAUGUUGCACAAGGCUCCUGCUGCGUUCGGACUCGUCUCUUUCCUCAUGCACGCAGGCUUAGAAAGGAACCGUAUCCGGAAGCAUCUGUUAGUCUUUGCUCUGGCUGCUCCUGUGCUGGCCAUGCUUACAUAUGUAGGACUCAGUCAGAGCAGUAAAGAGGCACUGUCAGAUGUUAACGCUACUGGUGUGGCCAUGCUGUUCUCUGCCGGCACUUUCCUGUACGUGGCUACAGUGCAUGUCCUACCUGAAGUGGGCGGAAUGGGCGGUCACAGCCACUCUCCUGGAGGAGGUGGAGGAAAAGGACUGAGCAAAGUGGAGGUCGGCGCUCUGGUUUUAGGCUGCCUGAUACCCCUGGUUCUCUCAAUUGGCCACCAGCACUAGUGUUCCUUACUUGAAGCUGCAUGGAAGAUGAUGAAACCAUUUGUAAUAUUGACUGGGACUUUGAACAGCGUUGGCCAAACAAGAAACUCACAUUUCUGGUUUGAAUCAUGUCUCUGUCAGUCUAUUUGAGUUGGAGAUUGGAUUGAAUAUGAAAACAUUUGAGUCCGGGGCUGGAGUUGGGGAAGCAUUUAUGGACUUCCAAAACUGGUUGAUAUGGUCCCCACAAAGCACUGCGUGCUGACAUCUUCAAAUAAAUCAAAUAUCAUGUGUCCAACUCAUUCCUUUUUAAUUUCUUCAGUGGUGCUGGUUUUAGAAGUUUAAAGGAUAGAAUACAUUUGGGUUGUCUUGUAGGCUUCAGAUUUGGUGUUCUUUUGCUUUUAUAUGUCCAUAAAUCUUUUAAGAGAGAAACAGAUACCGGUGUUGCCAUUUUCAGUAAUGAAAAAUUAAAUGUUUUUAUACGUUGUAAAUAUGGUAAUUACAUGGGUCCUUUAAGAUUAUAAUUAAGCUCCCUCAAAAGGUUCAUCCCUUUUGUACAUAUCUUCAGUGUUGAUUCGUAACGUUUAAUCAUAGUGAUCAAAUUACAAGUCUGCAUAUGCUGAUGAACACCAAAUGUCCACAGAUUCUUUUCUAUUAUUAUUAUGUUUUUUCUCACCUGAUGUUUUAUGCACACUGAACAUUAAACGAGAUAACAUUUUCAACUUUCUUGCUAAUCAAAAUAAUUUUAAUAUUGAUUGAUGUUUGGGCUGUUUUUCCUCACAAACUUUCUACCACUUGUUUCUGGAUCAUUCAUAGAGAAUUUGAGCAUGCAUAGAUAGACAUUGAACAAACUUUUGGUGGUAAAACAUUAAUACUGAAAUCUUUGAAAGGUCUUAAUUUUCUUCUUCUGAGGGACCACUGAAGGAUCAUCAUUUCCAAAACUGUUUGACAGUCCUUUUUUAUGCCAUUUCAGAUGUUUAGUGUCUAAAGCCUUAGGUGGUGGAGGUGUUGAGUGCAUGUACAGCUUUGUGAUUUGAGUCAUGCGAUUACAAAUAACCUGGUUAUUGAAUCCUGGAAAGUCAUAUGUUUUGUACUGUGAUGCCUGCUCACAACAGAGCCUGUGUACUGUAAAUAUGUUUUUUCUGUAAAAUCACAAACAAAUUCUCAAUACAAAAACUCCUUACUUGA